AUGCCGUCGCCAUUCCUCACCCCCGGCGCCUGUUCGCAGCCCGACAGCCUUGCGAUGCUCCAUAUCCGUCGCGAUCAAACCAUCCCGACAAUUCUCCGCACCCACGACGAUGAGAACCUGGGUUACAAGGAAGGAAAAGUUGCCAAUACCCGCUUCGGAUCAUUCCCGCACAGCACUCUUAUUAGCCAACCCUGGGGCUCUCAAAUUGCAGCCUCAAAAGUCGACACAGGUUCCCGCGGCCGCAAACCGAAGAAUCCAGCCAAGCGCAAGGCCGAGGAGCUGGAUGCUUCGGGCACGACCACUGGCGCUGAUGAUGACGAAACCCCAUCUGUCAAGACACCGGUCGCCGCAGCAAGCGGAUUCCUACACAUGAUGUACCCCACGCCCGAAUCCUGGACAUAUGCUCUUCCCCACCGUACCCAGGUCGUAUACACCCCAGACUACAGCUACAUCCUGCACCGGCUCCGCGUGCGCGCAGGAAGUACAAUCAUUGAGGCCGGUGCUGGUAGUGGCUCGUUCACCCACGCAUCUGUCCGCGCAGUGUUCAACGGAUACCCCAGCGAAGAGGAGCAGGCGACUAAGAAGCGAAGACUCGGAAAAGUGUGCAGCUUUGAGUUCCACGAACAGCGCGCUGCUAAGGUACGGGAGGAGAUCACGGAGCAUGGACUGGAUGGCCUGGUCGAGGUAACACACCGCGACGUUUACGAGGAUGGAUUCCUAUUGGGAGAUCCCAAGACGGGAAAAUCACCAAAAGCCAACGCCAUCUUUCUCGAUUUGCCUGCCCCUUGGCUCGCAUUGCCCCACCUUGUGCGCAAGCCAGCUUCCGGCGAGUCUCCACUGGACCCAUCCUCGACCGCAUACAUCUGUACCUUUUCGCCGUGUCUCGAACAAGCGGAACGCACUAUCCGUACAAUGCGCCAGCUUUCCUGGUUGAACAUCUCCAUGGUGGAGGUACAGCAUAACCGCAUCGACGUGAAGCGUGAAUUUGUCGGACUCGAAUUCGAGGGUGUACGCGGAGGGAACGUCUACCCCGUAACCGUGGAGGAAGCGGCUCAUAAGCUAUGGGCAGACGAGGAGCGUGCUAAGCGCAUUCGCCUCAAUAUACCCGAUACCAAUGCUGAUGCCGAUACGGAUGAGGCCGCAGCGCAAAAAGAGAAUCUCAAGGCCCCGGCGAAAUACUUAACAGAAAAGUCAACAGCGCCGACAUAUAGUCUGGGUCGCCUGGUGCACCGCCCCGAGCCGGAGCUGAAGACUCACACUUCCUACUUGGUGUUUGCCAUUCUCCCUCGGGAUUGGUCCGAAGAGGAUGAGCAAAAGUGUCGCCAGCAGUGGCCCCCGACAAAGGUGGAUACACCCCAGAACAAGCCAAAUGAGAAGAGCAGGAAGCAGAUGAAGCAGGAAUUCAAAGCACAGCGGAUCAAGGAGGAGGAGCAAAAGAAAGCAGAAGAGCCCGCCUCAGAGGAGAAGACUGAGGCAUGA